CCUACACUUAGUGCGGACUCGGUGUUGCGGGAAAGCAGCUUAGUCUUAUCUUAGUUGCCUCCCAGCUGGGCUGCAUUGGGCGAACAGACGCUCAGCACCUGCUCUCCCUCUCUCCAGCUUCUCAUCCUCCAAUUGCUGCGACAGCAAGCAAGUGGAAGGUUCAAAAUGAAGCUACUAGUAUUAUUAACACUAGUGGCUCUCGCAACAGCACAAGCAGGCCCGCCUGGCGAAAAGGGUUCCACGGGUGCACCUGGCCUCCCUGGAGCUGCAGGGACAUGCAGUGGAUCCUGCGGUGGUGACAAAGCCGGCGGUGGUGCUGGGGGAGCUGGCGAACCAGGUCCACAGGGACCAUCAGGUCCACCUGGACCACCUGGCCCACCAGGAAACUCUGGGCCCAGAGGUCAAGAAGGCAGAGUUGGCCCACCAGGAAGCCGAGGUGCUCAGGGACCAACUGGUCCAAGAGGUCCCCCUGGCUCUCCUGGUUCCCCUGGAAACACUGGACAAGACGGUUCUGAUGGAAAGAAUGGACUGCCUGGAACAUCAGGCCCACCUGGACCAACAGGAGGCCAAGGAGCACCAGGACCAUCUGGAAUCAAGGGGCCAGGAGGAGACCCCGGGACAGCUGGUAGAGACGGAGAGAGAGGAGAACCAGGAGCAAAGGGACCAGCAGGAGACCCCGGUGCACCAGGAGCACCUGGCAUACCUGGACCAUCUGGCCAAAGAGGAGAGCGCGGAGUGUCAGGACCUCAAGGAAGCGAUGGCCGUGAUGGAGCUGAUGGACACAGAGGAGAACCAGGACCGGCUGGACCGAGAGGCAAGGACGGAGUCCCUGGAGUACCAGGAAGAGGAGGGGCGAAGGGAACAGAUGGGGGACCAGGAGACCCUGGUAACACAGGAGAAAUAGGACAAAAGGGAGAUGGCGGAGAACCUGGCAGAGACGGAGACCGUGGACCAACUGGAAAUACUGGAAGUGUAGGCCCAGGUGGAUCUUCUGGAGCACCAGGGCAAACCGGACCGACUGGACCAACCGGACUGACAGGCCCACCUGGCGCACAGGGCAGCCCCGGACCCACUGGACCUCCUGGACCAGCUGGAGACAGCGGAGCACCAGGAAACAGUGGCUCGCCCGGACCAUCUGGCGACCCCGGACCUAUGGGAGCUCCAGGUACUGGUGGAGUACCCGGACAAGACGGAAACCCAGGGAAGAGAGGAAGACCUGGACGAGAAGGAACGCGUGGAGAGAGAGGACCAGCUGGACCUCGCGGUACUCCUGGUAACAGAGGAUUCAAUGGUAUUCCCGGACUGCCGGGCAAGCAGGGAGAAGCUGGAUCACCAGGCGAGGCUGGUGCACGGGGGUCUGCGGGAUCAAGAGGAUCGGCAGGAGAGUCUGGAGGAGCAGGCCCUCCGGGAGCACGUGGCGAGCGCGGAGGAGACGGAUUGCCUGGACGCAAUGGACAAGACGGAGAUUCCGGUGUACCAGGACGCGAUGGAACGCCAGGAGCACCAGGACUCUCAGGAGAGAGAGGUGCAGUAGGCCCACAGGGACUCCAGGGCCCAGGAGGUCCCCCUGGACCACCAGGAGAGAGAGGAGAUCGUGGAACCCCGGGAGAAGGAGGAGGACAGGGAGUACCAGGACCAGGAGGACCAUCUGGAGACAAAGGAGAUCCUGGUGACUCGGGCCCCGGAGGACCACAAGGAGAGGCUGGCCCAUCCGGCCCAGCUGGCAUUCCAGUGAGUCACAAAAACUGAUCUUGGUAGCUAGCAUGCCCAGUUUCACUAAACUUUUGAUCAUUGUGCAUAAAGCUGCACUGGUAACCGAAAUUGAAGCCAAUGACAGUGUGGAAUGUUGAAGACAUUGAGUGUUAUACCUCGUCCAUCCGUCCAGGGAAGACCAGGCUUGCCAGGCACCAACGGCCCACCAGGACCCCAGGGAGAUCUCGGCCCACCGGGACAAGGAGGCUCACCAGGAGACAACGGUGGACGUGGACCUCCAGGAGGACCAGGAGAUGCCGGAGCACAAGGAGAGCCGGGCCCUCAAGGAGGUGCCGGAGAACGUGGUCCACCAGGAGAUGAUGGAAAAGAUGGUAACCCAGGAUCUGAUGGGCGAGAGGGACCACCUGGCAUUCCCGGACCAUCCGGUUUACCUGGAGAGGCUGGUCCCGGAGGGGCACCAGGUGGUCAAGGACUGCCAGGACCACAAGGCCCCAGUGGACCACAAGGAGCACAGGGCGACCCAGGCUCCGCAGGCCCCUCCGGACCCCCAGGAAUCGAGGGUCCCCCCGGAGAGAACGGCCGACCAGGGGACGAUGGAGAGGCAGGAGACAGAGGCCCCAUGGGAGAACCAGGCCCCGGCGGUCCCGUCGGUCCACCAGGUGUCUCCGGACUCCCAGGAGCCCCCGGUUUCCAGGGCCCGGAGGGAGAGCCUGGAGUUGCUGGACCGCGUGGAGACAGAGGUGAUCCUGGAGAGAAUGGACGUCCUGGCAACAACGGCCUGCAAGGACCCCCCGGAGAUAACGGCAGUGGAGGGCCAAAGGGAGACGGUGGACAACCCGGACCACCUGGAGGAGGUGGUCAAACUGGGGCACCUGGACAGCCUGGACAACCUGGUCUCCAAGGAGGACAGGGUCCCCCGGGAUCGAAUGGAGGACCUGGACAGCCUGGAUCAGAGGGUGACGGCGGUGACCCUGGAGAACCUGGGCCAACUGGAAUGCGUGGUGGCCCCGGAGGACCUGGUACUCAAGGCCCGAAGGGAGACAGAGGAGACCCUGGUGUGCAGGGAGAUGAUGGAGAUGCAGGUCCCCGUGGACCAGUCGGCACCCCCGGAAACGACGGUGCUCCCGGUCGACCUGGAGACAGGGGAGGCACCGGUGGACCAGGAGGUACUGGACCCCCUGGACAAACUGGUGCAAACGGAGAUGACGGAGGACCUGGCCAAAAAGGAGCUUCGGGAGUACAGGGACCAAUGGGGACACCUGGAAUGCCAGGACGCAAUGGAAAUGACGGAACACCAGGAGACAAUGGAGAUUCAGGACCACAAGGAGUACAGGGCCCUCAGGGAGACGCAGGGCCAGGAGGUCCCAGCGGACCAGCUGGACCCCCAGGACACCCAGGUGCUGCUGGCUCAGUGGGAGCACCCGGACCAGCUGGACGACCUGGAGAUCAGGGAGAACGUGGCGUUGAGGGACAAAAGGGAGACAGGGGAGAGGAGGGCAGAGUUGGAUCAACCGGACGAGAAGGACCCACUGGACCUGCUGGCCCAGCUGGACCAAAGGGAGACAAGGGGUUCACAGGAGCUCAGGGUGUCAAGGGUCCACCUGGCUCACAUGGAGCAGUCGGCCCCCGCGGUCCUUCAGGUCCCCACGGCACCAACGGAGCAAGGGGUCAACAAGGUCCCCCCGGUCCCCCUGGGAACGAUGGUCUCCCAGGAGCUAACGGCCCACCAGGUCCAGCAGGCCAACAGGGAGCUGAUGGUCGCUCCGGUGACAAGGGACACCCUGGACCCGCAGGACCACAAGGAGACGCCGGUCCUCCUGGAUAUUGUACCGGCUGCACAGUCAGCUCCUCUGGGAAGCACUUUUACAUCGGACAACCAGGGGACGAGAGGGCCACCUACGGCUCAUCGGACAACCCAGCUGUCUCCUGCUACGACCUCCAUCUUGAUCACAAGCUUAAAAACAAUACCCAGCAUUACAUCGAUCCCAACGGUGGUAAAGUUGAGGAUGCUAUCAAGGUAACUUGCAGACAGAUUGCCAGCCAAUGGUCAACAUGCCUAAAUCCAGAAGACCCUGAUCAACCAGUUCGGUACCAAAUCUGGUCGUUGAGCAUGCACAGCCAAAAAAUCAUACAAACUAUCAACGAUUGCAGUGAGGAGAAGUCAAGCAAGGACGACUCACUGCACACCACUGUAGACAAGUGCCGACAAACCGUCACAACCGAAGUACCAUUCACUGUGGGAACGGAAGGAGAAAUCUGCUUUGUCUAAACUUCCCACUACGUUCAGAUGAUUCCAGUUUGCUCACUUCUGGAUUAUGCCCACAAAACUAGAACUUUUAGUCUACAAGUCUUUCCUAGUGUGUGUUUCUAAUAAGUGACAGUGUACUUGUAUCAUACAUAUACAACCUGUAUGUCUCUUCCUGUAUUGUGUUAUGUAUUAUAUCAGACACAGUAGGCAUGGCAGUACAACAACAAAAUCACUCUUUCCUGACUUUCUCUAUUUAGUGCCCAU